UUGAGGAUCGGUCACCCCAACGGACCCGGGCCCGGUCGGACGCACCCAGAAAGGCAGGCCCCUGGGAAGGUGUCCUGCGAAGUUGGACGCCAGAGCCCUCCGCCAAGUCCUCUGGGCUGCAGCGGCGCUGGAGCCUUCGGGAUAGGCGAGAAGGACGGGGCAGCGAGGGCCCUCGUGCACGAGCGCUGCGGAGCGCCCAGAGCUCACCUGCGAGCAGACCCUGGGGAAACUGAGGCCUAGAUGACCGUGACACCUUUGUAAACGGCGUCAAGAUGAGAGCUUGGACUGAGGAAACAGUGCUGAUUUCAGAAGGCUGACAGAAACCGUUGCUCAACGUGACCAAAGCCACAGAAUGUCAAUCGUUCGUUCAUCCGUCCACGCCAAAUGGAUCGUGGGGAAGGUCAUUGGAACAGCAAUGCAAAAAACAGCUAAAGUGAGAGUGACCAGGCUUGUCCUGGAUCCCUAUUUAUUAAAGUAUUUUAAUAAGCGAAAAACCUACUUUGCUCAUGAUGCCCUUCAGCAGUGCACAGUUGGGGAUAUUGUGCUUCUCAAAGCUCUACCUGUUCCACGAACAAAGCACGUGAAACAUGAACUGGCUGAAAUCAUUUUCAAGGUUGGACAGGUCAUAGAUCCUGUGACCAGAAAACCCUGUGCAGGAACUACCUACCUGGAAAACCCAGUCAGCUUGGAAACCACCUGCCUAACAAAAAAUCUAAAAGAGCUCAAUAGUUCUUCAGCACAGUGAAGGAGGGUUGGAAAAAGGAGCCAAAGGGAAAGAUUUAUAAGUUUGCUUUACGGAAAAAGAAAUUUUUCUAAGUUUCAAACUGUCCGAUUUCUGUUCCAAUGUUUAUGGAAUAGCUAAAAGUAAAUGAAGUAAAGACCUUAUUAAAAAUUUUCACCAAAGUUUAAA